AUGGCGGACAAACACCGCGCCAGGAAGAAUUGGAGAUGCACUUUAGAAAGAGCGGAAAAAUUCAUUUCCUCGCAAUAUUUCGCUGAUGUGAACUUGUUUAGUAGGUAAAUCUACUGCAUGGGUUUUGGUGUAUUUUGCUAGAUUCAUUCCUGCUACAUCAUCGUUCGUUGCUUUUCAGAUUAGUAAUCAAGUAUUACAGUAUCUGUCAAACCACUUCCCGUACUUGAUAUAGUUAUACAUUUGAUAUAUUAUGUGGAUCUAUUGAAAACAAUAAAUCCUGACGUUCUAUUGAGUGACCUACGUGAUUUAACGCCAGGUUUAAAUUAUUUAGUACUAUUUGUGAAACGAAAGAAGUUUGCGUGCUUCUUAAAUCCCGCAAUUUCCAAUGAUAAUUAAAAGGAAACUGCUUUUAUUGUAAUGUUCAUGGAUCCAUUUUUUUAUAAUCAUCCUUUACAGCUUUAGAGUCUCAGACGUAUUUAUUUAAGCGUAAAACAUGUAUUUUGAGUUUGAAUGAAUAAAAUCUUUGACUCUGAUAUGACAUAGAGAUUUGAUUGUCUAUGAGCAGGUAUUUUAAUUAAAGCAACCAUGGAAAUAGCCACUAAUUUACUUUUAAUCUGGAGCUGAUUAUCUACUCUUUCCCAGGUUAUAUCCUAAGAAACUGCCUGUAAGUUCCCUGACUCACUACGCAGCUCCUGGAAGAGUCCCAUACAAUGAAGCUGUUUGUGGGAAGUUUGCAGAGGCACAAGUGGGAAACAGUUAUGGUCCUACGUGAGUCAUGAUCAACCGCUGACUGCAGCAAUUUACUUUAGUUAGUUCAGCUAAUGUACAGCAGAUUCCUAGAGAAGAGGAGUGGCCUGGGGCUAAGUAGGUUUCAGAUCCAGUAUAUUUGGCCGAUAAAAAAUAUAUUUUAGCAUUUAAAAAUAAAAGAACACCUUUUCUGAGUGAUGAACCCAUGGUUAAGGCUCAUCAACUUAUUGUCAAUGCUUAAUCUUAAGCAAAAGAAAAAGCAAAAACUCAAUUAUUUAAAUCUAAAUCAGUAAAAAUAAAAUAAAGAAUCAAGGCAUACUGUCAUUUGUGAUAGAUAAAUACCAAGGAGACUACUUCAUGAUCAGUGGAUUGAGUCCAAAGUUGGUGCAAAUUAGCAGAUUUACCUAUAUUUGACUCCAAACCCCUCCCUUGAUCUUAUAUAAGAUUGAGGCUUUCACUUCCAAAAUGUAUUCUUAAAUCCAACUCCUCACCCUCCUUAUACAGGUGGUCCACUCAUUGGUUCAAAAUUGUCAUUGACAUUCCAGAAGAGUGGACAGGAGAAAUAGUACAUUUCAGAUGGAACUCUGGAUCAGAGGCUAUGGUAACUUAGAACUCAGAUAUUAAUUUUCUUAUUUGAUUCAAUUCUUAUAUUUAGGAGAAUGCUUCAAUGGUAGAAAUUCAGUGCUGAACCCUUUGACUCCGACAUCUGAUUGUUUAUUCUCCCCUCUAGCUGCUACACAUUUCUUUGUAAAUUAGUGACCAGAAUUUGGUGUUAGAUCAAGAUAACAACUCCUAAUGAAUAAGUUUGAGUAAAUCUCAUGACCUGUUUGCUAGAUAAUGUAUGGAUAUUAUAGGGAGAAGUUAAAUGUUAAUCACUCCUGGGAAUUAAGGGAUACAAGGUCUUAAAUUUGGUAGAAUCUUAUCAAUUAUUUAUUUUACAACUCCAUUAAUAAUUUUUAUCAGUAGUUGUUGAUAAUAACUGUAACAAUGGUAAAUAUAAUUUGUUUUAGGUGUGGCAAGAAGGAAAACCCAAACAGGUACAUGUCAAAAAAUUCACAAUAAGCAAGAAAAAAACUUGGCUCUGUAAAAACUCAGAGAGCACUAUAUGUUUUUUACCAGGUACAAUUCACUCCCAGAGUUUAAAGUAUGCUGACUUAUUUAUUGGUAUUAUUUUGGUAUUAUUUGUAUCACAAACUGCACUUUGAGAAAGAGGCAAUUCAUGCAACCUGUUUUAUGAAUGCAUAGAUAUGGAAUGUCUGGAUAAUGAUUCUGUGGGAGGGGAACAUGACUGUCUUCUGGCCAGUUUUAGUGUCUGCUAAACAUAUGCCUCUUCUAACCUGAGAAUUUAUUUUUCAAAAGUAUGAAAUGGGUACCAGUAAUCCUCAAGGUUACUCCAGCCCAUACCACUGAAGGUUAGGCUUUUUCUGUUGUUGUAUGAAGCAACCACAGGGUGUAGGAGUAUUUUCCCCUCCAUCCCUGUCAUGAAUGACCCCCUUCCCCCCCCCCCCAGCAUUUCAUCAAGUUCACAAUUAAGUGUCCAUUCAUACUCAUGAGUAGCGAAGUGCUCUUAGGGUAAAGUGCCCCACCCAACAACACAACAAAACAACAAGGGCUUGAAUUCACACCUUUAGAUGUACAGUAACUAGCCAAUCAUGGUCUUCUUUCAUUAUGUCACAUACUUUCAUAUCAAUUUGUGCAAUGCAUUUUUAUUCUAUUAAAAAGCUGCUGUCAAAUCUGAUAGAAGUUUUAGCAAGAAUCAGUUUUUUUGGUUCCACUCAUUCUCAUAAUUCUAUUAAUUUUUUUCUGUAUUCUGUAGGGCCUAACAGGUGGAGAUGGACAUCAACAGCGUACAGACUAUAUCCUCUCUACCAAAGCAACUCCUGGAAGGUACACAUCAGCAACAGAGACAUUAUUAAUUAUUUUAUGUGACAAUAUCUAUAAAUGUGGUCCAGGACAGUGAAAAAGGCAAAUGCAAAAGACUCGCUGAGAGUGCUGUCAGUAUAACCUGGUUGAGAUUGUUUGUUCUCUUGUUUGUUUGUUUGGUGUUGUUUCACUUUCUUCACUUUUUUUUUUUUUUUUUUUUUAUUUUUUAUUUUUUUAUGUCUUGCAUUUUUAGCCUGAGAGGGGAUUUGAAUGUGGAAGGGCUCCAAAUCUCUUUAUUCUUACCAAUCGGUGAUUGCUGUGAGAAUUGCAAUGCUAACAUUUUCAAUGAUUUAUAUUUGUUGUUGUUGUUGUUCCAAAGCUGUACCUUGUACGUGGAAAUGGCUGCCAAUGGUAUGUUUGGUGCUGGAAAAGAUGGCCUGAUAAAUGCACCGGACCCGAAAAGACAUUAUACGCUGUCCAUGGCUGAAAUUGCUGUGUUUGACGCUGAAGUUUACGAAGUUUUAAUGGAUCUUACUGUUAUCAUUGACCUGGCCAAGGUGAGAAAUGAAUUGAAAUAGCAAACAGGCGAACAAACAAGCAAAGAAAGGAAGGAACGAACAAGUUUAUAAUCAAACGCACAGUCGAAUAAACGCACGCUAAAACGAAACAAACCUUAACCCUCUAAACCUUAAGAGUCACCAGCAUCUAAUUUCUCCUUACUAAAAUACUGCCGAACCAUUUAUUAAGGUCAUGAGAAUAAAAGAAAUAAUCGGCAUCCUAAGAAGCUUUGAUCUUCAAAUGAAUUCUCCUUGUCAGUACCAAAAGACGCAUAUAGAGAAGAGUAUGCAGAAUAUGGAUACUGAUGUUAGGGUGUUAAGGGUUAACAAGCUGGGGAAUGAACAAAAGGUUUUGCAAUCAAACCAGAGACAAAUGAACGACCAAAAACAGUCAAACAACAGUUUAACUUUAAUUGAACAAGGAAUGAUCAUUAUCCUGUGUAACUGUCUACCGCCUCACUACUUCGGCAAAAAUGAUGUCCAGGUACAAUUGGGGUCACAUAUCCGGCAAAAGGCCGAAUGUUUUGGAGAGUGCUUCAAUUUUUUUCUUCUUCAGUGACUGUUUGAUUUAAAAUUGGACUUCAUCAAUUAAAAUUCCUGUUAAUUCUGACUCGAAACUAUACAAACAAAACUAUUGUUUGUUAUCUCAGUUCUAUCCGCCACCACUGUACCCUUGUGAUAAAUCUUUCGUUUACCCCAUGGUAGAAACUUUCCUAGCCGCCGUGUGAUUUUACUUUGACCUUUGUUUAUUUCGCUUCGCCAACAGAAUCUCUCUCAAGAGAAUCCGAGAGCCUUCCAAGCUCUGUACACAGCAAAUGAUAUUGUAAACGCUUGCCAGAAUUUGUCGAAUGAAGGAUCACUUCAGAGGUAUAAAGCGGCUGUUUAUUGUACGGUCAGACAGAAUAUGCUCAGGACGAGGUGGGGAGGGAGGAUACUCAACAAAAGUUUUCAAAGGAAUGUACCUCCCCAAGUUUCAAACUGUUAACCCUUUUAAACCACUUUUGACAAGAAAACUAGGUACACCUGUUACGCACUCGUAACUGAUUAGCCGUAGUAGUAAGGCACUACUACACAUCAAUUAAAAAUUUUUACCUCUCUAUGUCUCUAGUCAGAAUUCCCUGCAUGUGUUGCCAGGUAUCUUUUAGUGAAGGAGCAUUUUAGCCAGUUCCAGGCAAUCAGUUAGUAUAACGGAGCGAAAUUAUAAACGGCGCAGUGGUAGUGGUUGGGGUCAACUUUACGCGACUCAACACAAGCCUUCCUCGCUAUUUGGCUCCACUACUAUCGUGCCGUUUGCUACUGUUCUUGAACGAACUGAUGUCUGAAACAGGUUAGAUGCAUUUCGUUAUAGUUUACGAUAGGAAGUACUUCCCGCUCGGACUAAUCUGCCUCUACAUGUCAUGAAGGACAUUUAACGAGAACUGUAAAAGUAGGAAAGAGAUGUUGCCUUACAACCGCUUGUAGUUCACUGAUUUGGUGGAAGAGAUGUUAAUUUAUCUGUUUUUUUAAUAGUAUAUGAUUGGUUCUAUCCAUCCUUAUAUAAUUCAUUUCGUUAGGACAUCAUCCAAUCCUUGGCCUUCAGUAUAGGUUUUGUAUUUUAUGUUUUAACUUGUCUCAUUAAUGUUGUUACUUAGAGCAAACUCGGACCUUUCACCUAACUACGAAAAGUGCUCUCUUUGUGAGAGAGAUACAAAUUUUUGCCCUCCCAGGUAUAAUAUAUAAUAGCAUUCUCUAAUGAGCUUUUUUCUCGUGUUUUUGUUGCCUCGGUUCCAUGCAGAGCUCACGAGAUCGCUACGAGAUUCUUCAAGCAAACUAACGGUGAAUCCCAGCACCAGGUUCACGCGGUCGGUAACUGCCAUAUUGACUGUGGUAAGCUGCUUCAUCUGCUGCUCUUACAUGUACCACACAUAUACUCAUUACUGUAACCCUUUAACCCCUGAGAGUGACUGGCAUCUUAUUUCUCCUUACCAUAUCACCCCUGAAUCAAACAUAAAGGUCAGGAGAAUAAAGAAGCUGAUCACCGACUAAAGAAGCUCUUGAUUGUUGGAUAAAUUCUCCAUGUCGGCAACUUAGGAAAUGUCUAGAGAACAGUAUGGAGAAUAUGCAUAUGAUGUUAUGGGUGAAAAGGGUUAACAGGCGUGGCCUUGAGGUCAAGGCUGGGACUUUUUUUUUUUUAUUCUUAACGUAUAAAGGAUCAACUCUCAAAAAUUCAGUUUGCAAAAUUCGCUACUGUGGCUAACCUAUCUUUAUCGAUAUCUAGUUGAUAGUCAAAUUACACUGAUUUGCCCGUCGAUGCCGCUUAACAUGUUCUUUAGGAAAUAGUAGAUUGAGUUAAAGGCAAUGAAUUAUUAUUAUGUUCAGCAUGGUUGUGGCCUGUUGCUGAGACAGUGAGGAAGUGUGGGAGAAGUUUCGCUACUGCUGUGCGCUUGAUGGAAAAAUACCCUGACUUCAAAUUUGUUUGUUCACAGGUGUGCUUUUAAUUGUUUAUUUUGUUUUUGUUGAAAAUGUACUCAUUAACUCUUAUCCUCCUCCUCCUUCGCAUCCCCCCCCCAACCUAUAUGUUAGUCACUGCUCAAUUUAAGCCAACACCAAGUCUCCUUCUGUGUAAUUACAACGCGAGCGCCUUCUUGGUUUUGUUAGUAACAUAAGUAGCAUUUAAUCCUUUCCGGCAACUCUUAAUCAGUCGAAGGGCCUAGUAACCAGACUAAAACAACAACAGAAAUAACUACGAUGGAAAGCGAAAAUGAAAAAUCUCCUCGCAGCCUGAAAAUAGACCUUCAUCCGUUGUGUCUUUCUAUUCCCAAUGUUUUAACAUUAUCCCGGUUACGUUAGCUGUAAGACGGUCUUAAACUCAUUUAGUUUUGCAGUCUCUGACUGUCUCGUAUAUUUUUUAUUCCAGGCGCAGCAACUGGAGUGGGUUAAAAUCCAUUACCCGACUUUGUUUGACGAGAUUAAAUUAUUUGUUGCCAAGGGACAGUUUAUCCCUGUGGGUGGAACUUGGGUUGAAAUGGUGAGAAAUCUCUAGAGUGCUAUUAAUUGUCAGUGUAUGUAGGUAAUUUUAAGCCUUUGAGGUAAUACCAGAUCAUUGACAAGACAGUCAAUAUGUUAGUCAGGUUAAUAUAAUUCUUUGUUGUGCCUAUUCCAGGAUGGUAAUAUUCCGAGUGGAGAAUCUUUCAUUCGCCAGUUUUUAGUUGGACAAGAUUUUCACCGGAAAGAAUUUGGGAAAGUUUGUCAAGAAGUAGGUUAUAAUUAUACUAACAAAAAAAUGAAUGUACAGAAAAAUGAAUAAGUAGAUAAAUAAAUAAAUAAAUAAAUAAAUAAAUAAAUAAAUAAAUAGAUAGAUAGAUAGAUAGAUAGAUAGAUAGAUAGAUAGAUAGAAUAAAAAACAAAAUGAUAAAUACAUAAAUAAUGAAUCAAUAAAUACUUUUAGUAUGCUAUUGGAACACCCGAUGAGUAGAGGAAAGGGAGAGCGAUGUUACCUGAAAGUUAGCCCUCCUUUACAUUCUGAUAUUCUGGGAAAUUUGAGUUUGAAAAUACAACUCUCUGGUCAGAGAUGACAAGAAAAAAGGCUGAUUCGAAGCCUUGUUAGGGCACAGUCGUAGGUUUUUAGGAAAAACCGUACAUUCACAUUACCUCCUUUUGUGACUGGUAUUAUUUCACUUUACUUUGUGAUUGUUGUUUCUUUUCAGUUCUGGUUACCAGACACAUUUGGUUAUUCUGCUCAGCUGCCGCAGAUUAUUCGCGGAGUAGGAAUGAAGUACUUUCUAACGAUGAAACUGAGCUGGAGUCUGAUAAAUAAAUUCCCUGUAAGAGACCUUUUUUUGUUUUGAUUUGUUUUUGUUCUUUCACCAACUGUCCCUUGUUCGUUAGCCAAAGUGAAACUUUCAUGUAUUUGAUAUGAGCUCACUUUUUCCGUUCUUGCUUUGUUGUAAUUUGUUUUUUUUUUUUUUUUUUUUUUUUUUUUUUCAGUCAGUAGUGUAACUGUAUUCAUGAGGUGUCUCAUAUUGAUUUCAACAGCUUACUCGUAGAUUCCAACUUUAAUUUUUUUUAUAGUUUCACACGUUCUUUUGGGAGGGAAUUGAUGGAUCAAGGUACGUUGCUAUUUAUAGCAAUGUAGACGAGCAAGAAAUGAUGAUCUUGUUAGGGAAGAUGGCAGUUCUCCCUCAUCUGCCUGUGGGAGACGUAGUUGCUUAAUGGCUACCAUGCUGAAUUUCGGUGUAAGGUGGAGUUAGGGGGGAGGGGGAGGGAUAAGGGGGAGUUAGGGGGAGGGAUAAGGGGAGGGAUAAGGGGAGGGAUAAGGGGGAGGGAUAAGGGGAGGGAUAAGGGGAGGGAUAAGGGGAGGGAUAAGGGGGAGGGAUAAGGGGGAGGGAGAGGACGUGUACUCAGGUUUUGAACAGCCGCACACCAGAACAGAGCACAGUAGCAAUACUCCCAGUCGCGUUAUACGACAAAAACUAAGAUUACAUUUUUUUCGUUCACGACUAACCCCUUAAUGUAAUGUAUCCCUUAUUUUCUCCUUAAUUUGUUGUGGACUCACUCGGCUGUAUGGCUGCGCGAGCUCGUGAGUCCACAAUAUUUUGACAACUGUGAUGACGAAUACCGUUGUCAAUAAGAGUAUAGACCACCCUAAACCGCUGUCGACCUUUUUUUUUUACCUCAACAUCGACGUCAAAAUUAAAUUCCCGAUUCAUCCAUGUUUGAGAGCUGAUAAAGGCAUUGCGUGGCAAGUUGAUGCGAGCCGCGUUCUCUGUACUCUUAGCGACAACGGCAAAUUCACCAAUCAGAUUGCCUCAUUACUUCCAAUUGUUGUAAAAUAACUCGGUGAUCUUCAAAUCACCAGUAUUCUAUCUAACUGUCAUUUCGUUUCCCUUAUGUUUACAGAUGUCUUGCACACUUUCCUCCCGCAGACACGUACGAGUCUCGUGCAAACGCUGCUGAUGUAAGUCAGUGAUGUAUACAUCUUAUUUAAGUUACGUCUUUUGCUCACGCUUCACGUUUACCGCAUUAUGCGAAGGAUUGCUUUAGACUCAGCCGGAGUCCCUUACCACACAAUUUUGGAUUUUGGCCAAAAUUACAUCUUUGCCGAGUUAAUCAUUUACUGUUUGAGCUCCGGUUUGAAGACGAAGCCAAGAGAAAGAAUGGAUUUUGAAUUUACUCCCCCCUCCUUAAUAACUAACUGGUUGUCUUCACAGCCGCCUUGUUCUUCCCUUCACGGUCCAUCUAUUUUAAUUUCAUUGUAGUGAUGAUUUCUUCCCAAUGCUUUUUGAGAAGAUUGCCAGAAUCAGAUUUGUUUUUGGUGUAUGUUUGUUUUUAUUAGUUAGAAAUGUUUAUCUCUAUAGUCAUAGUGAUACGUUUUUCUUUUCAUUUCAGGUUUUAAAGACAGUAAGGCAACUGAAAGACAAAGGGCAAACUCACGCCAGUAUGCUGUUGUAUGGCCAUGGAGAUGGCGGCGGGGGACCCACGUGAGUGACAGGAAUCCACCUGAGCCAUACGAUUUUGUUUUUACCAGUUUAUGAAUAAUUUUUAAGUCUACGGCUGCAAUACUUUUCCUGAGAUACGGCAUGCAGCAGUCUCUUUAAGAAAAUAUACCUGGACCUGAUCAACGCUAAUCCUGGGUUAAAUAUAAAUAAAAAUUAGAUGUUUUUAUGUCUGUUAGAUCAGCAUUUUACCGAACGUAAAAUUUAUGCAAAUUUGUGUCCUUGCAGUGAGGAUAUGUUACAAAUGUUGAAGAGAAUGGAAGAUGUAGAUGGCUGUCCGAGGUACGAGUUACUAUGAUUUGUAUUUCAUGGUUCUUCUGCAUAGAUUUCAGUCCGUUUAAUUCUAGAGUAUUACAUCGCGCGAGUCAUACCCUUACAUUAUGGAAUCACUUUUUUUUCAGGGAAGCGAAGGCGCAAGGCGAGCGCGAGGACGAUUAGCCACGCGUUCGAGCUUGUAGUUGUUUGAUUGUUCAUGAUGUGAUUUUCGUUGUUAACUGACUCAGGGUGAAGCUGUCAGACCCUCAUGAAUUCUUCCAUUCCCUUGAAUCACGUGACGGCGGCAAGCUGUGCACGUGGGUUGGUGAGUUGUACUUGGAACUCCAUCAAGGAACAUACACCACGCAGGCGCAGGUGAGAACUGAUAAAAGAAAAAAAGAAAAGAAACAGACAAACAAACAAACAAACAAACAGUACUAAUAGUUUUAUUUACAUUCAUUGCUUUAGAUCAAACGAGGAAAUCGCCAAAGCGAAUUCCUUCUUCAUGACGCGGAACUCAUGGCAACUCUUUCUUUCAUUUUGGGAGGUUACAAUGCGGGUUAGUUUUUUUAUCCAUUUUCUUCUCGAUAAAUUAAUUUAUCAACAGAUUAACAACAGUCAACUGAUAGCAACGAAGGGUUAAUGUUGGGAUCAGGCUAGGGGUUGAUGUACAGUUUCUCAGAAACUGACAUUAAUUCAAAUUAGAUUUCAAAUCUUUUUUUUUUAUACCAAGUUAGGGAAAUGUCGAGACUUACACAACCGAUAAAACUGGUUGAACGCUUGUUUUUCGAUAUCUGGUAUUUGCAAACCUUUGUAUGUACGUUAUAUCUAUAUCUAGGUCUGUGAUAAAUUUCCGUCAAUACAACUUUUAAUUACUUUUGCGAUUGAUCAGAGGUCUUGUUUUUCUUCUAUUUUUUGCUCUGUUUAUCAGAAUUUUAUCCAGCUGAAGAAUUCCUUAGGAUCUGGAAACUUAUGCUUUUAAAUCAAUUUCAUGACAUUUUACCAGGAAGCUGUAUCAAAGAGGUAAAAAUGUCAACUUCUCGGCGUGUAAUUCUUAAGCAAGGGAAGUGAGUGAUACAAUCUAAGGUCUUUUCGUGUCAUUUUGUGUCAUUGUCAUUUAAGCUCACGCUCCCAAGGUGACUGAAGCGUGUCACCACCACAGGUCCCUAUCACAUGUCACUGUCGCUGUUACAUGCGCUUGUUAGUUGCUGACACGGGUCACUUUCACUUAAAGAUCUCUAUUGCUUGCCACUGACAUUCUCACAUAACCUCUUCACCAUAACUAACAGAUGUCACUGUCGCCAUUACUGUGAGAUGUGGUGGAAGUCACUUUUGCAACUCUUCAUAACGUGUUACUGCUUGUCACUGCUUCAUGUCACUUUCAAAAUCCGUAUCACUGUUGCUGUGCAUGCCAAUUAGUACUAAGUGUUCCCUACACUGAAAGCACAUGAAAAUAUCAAGCUUCUAAAGAGAGUUUCUUAAUGUAUAACCCUUUCGCUCUUCGUGUUUAGGCAGCCGACGACGCUCUGGCAAAUUAUAAAGGUACGUUUCUACUGAAAUGAAAACUCGUAUUUUAUUUAAAUGAGCCAAAUUGUGGGGCUGCAGUGUUACUAAUGUUUAGUUUCACAAUGAAAAUUUGCAGAAAUUCUUAAAAGUACCGCUCGCAUUUUCGACGACAGUUGCUCAAAGGUUAUAUCUCAGGUAUGAAAUGAACCUUUCACUAUCAGAUGUGACUAACCAUUGUGAUGUCUCUUCAUCUUGCAAUAUCAACACACCAUUCAUCAAAGAUGUGAUUAAAGGGGUGGAUCCAGGAGUUUUAUUGAUAGGGGUGAAGGGAGGGGGGGGAUGGGGGAAAUGUAAACUUGAAUUCAGAAAACAUAUAAUUUUUUUGUUCACAUUCUGUCUUAAAUUAGCUAAGAAAUAUUUCAAGAUGAGUGAAUUUUAAGUACUUGAUAUUGAGGAGUAACAUGAGAUCCUGCCGUUGCACGAAUUUUGGUGUCUGACAAGAAAUAAAAAUCCGAUCGAUCUGAUGGGAAGGGGGAUCUGGACACGCCCAGUAUCACCUCCUGGGGCAAACAUUGCUAUCUUGUUAUUGCUCCGAAGCCUUUUCAACGUUUACAAAGACAUGAAUGGCAGCUUAAGGGAGAAUUUCGAAUCAGAUAAUGGGAUCAAAGAGCACCUUUAGCUGGAAACUAUCGGUCAAACCUUUGUAUUAUCAGUAUUGUCUGCAAAAUUAUUCAAUUCUUAUAUUAACUUCUCUGUUGUGAUGAAUUUAUUUACCCAAUGCCCCACUACACACAACAAGAAGGGUAGCCAUCGUUAUGCGCUCACUCACUUAUUCUUCUCGAUAAAAUACAGUUGAACUCGGGGGAAGAAAAUUGCCUGAUCAAACCAGUUCUUGUUAACACGUUCAGUUGGCCUCGAUCUGAAGUAGUAACCAUUCCUAAGGAAUUGUGGGAACGCUUAUCUGCAAACGAACAGUCGUCCAUGAAAACGCAGAGAUCAAAGGAAGGAGAAAACCUUGGUGAGAAUAACACAAUGUGAUGCACCCCGGAGGAUUAAAGCCCUAGACUACCACGAGAAACAAAUCUAUUUGAUUGAAUAGGAAAGUAUCAACAUAACUCUACAAUUUUUUGAAUACCGCGGGACCUCAUUGGAUUUGCUUUCAAGCGUUGAAAUAGAUCUCUUCUUGCCGCCAAAGGUUUUUUUUUUUAACCAGUUCGGUAAUUACAUUAUCCCUUUGGAAUUAUUCCUUUCCGUUCCGUUCUUUUAUAGGAACUUGGGGAAAUGACCAACUAGUCUCUUGUUUUUUCUGUUUUGCACCCCUGAAGAAUUCUGUAGCUUGUUUUACUCAUCUUGCUUACUAUUCAUCUUGUUUCAGUAUCGGUUUCUGUUUCAAGCACGAGCAUAUCCAACGCAGUUGAAAAAACGAAUGAAUUCCAUCCAGUUUCUGUAUCAUUUGACGAGGUUUGGCUAAAUUCAGUUUAGAAGUUUUCUAUAUUGCAGAUCCUAGAAGAAUGUGUCCUUGUGGUGAACAAAAAGCCCUUUUCAACUUUGUAUUGUAAAUCUAAAACUGAAGUUGUUACACAGGCCUAUCUGAGCAAAAGUAAAUAUUACCAGGGAUCAAUGAGAUCUCCAGAAAAAACAAACAAACGACCUAAAGCGCAGGAAAACGCGAGUUAACAUGUCGAGUCUGGCUGUAUUCCUAGUGUGUCCAUCUAGCAAAAACGUGCUUAAUACUUCAACCCUUAAAUGAGUUUUUGACCCCAAAAGCCUGUCUUCUUGUAUGAAACCUGACAGAUGAUGUGAGCUUUCCAGUUUUGAUUCAGCACAGCUGCCCGGGUAAAGCUGUCUUGUUCAGAUUUUUUAAAUUUAUAUUUCAGACACAGGGAUCCGUCACAUUGGAAAACACUUUAAUUCGAGUUGAAUUGGUCCGAGGGGGUCUGGUAAGAAGUCUCGUACACAAGGCGAGUGGCAGGUAAAGGUAGUCGUAAGUGCACUGAAGAGAGUUGCUCGUGUCUUUCAUUCAUUAAAUUUUAACGGUUUACCGGGGAAUUUGGCACGAAGUUACAAAUAACAGUGACCUCACAAACUUAUUUUUUUUCUUCACCGUUUUCAGGGAAGCGAUCAGCCCAGGGUAUUCUGGAAACCAGUUUGUCCUGUUUGACGAUGUUCCAUUGUUUUGGGAUGCUUGGGAUGUGAUGCCAUAUUACUUGGAAACGAGGUUUGUUUAAGAAUUAAGAGAAACGAGAAAGAAAUGGCCGAAUUUUUAUUCUACACAAAAUUUGAUUGUAUGCUCUCGCUCUCCAUGUUAGUUUACUCUACUUGCUCAAUGAUCCUUUUAUACUCAAAUAACUUUAAUAAUGAACGAGCUAACGACUGAAAAGUGACAGUGGUAUGGUGGCUGGAAGAGUAAUGUGUUAGUGGGGGAGAUGGGGAACGAAGGACAGGCAACCACGUUAAACAGGACUAAAUAUUAUGUUCCGAGUCUCAUCCAUCGCUUCUAACCACCUCGACUUUUAAUAAUUACAGUAAAGAAUGAGUAAAAGUGUGGUGAUUGUUCUCGGAGAAGUUCAGGGAAAGGCUCAGUGUUCACAAAACAGGGCCAAGCAAGUAAUUAUUCAGCUUUGUCGGAAUGGUCCUGACGAGUCUCGCUCUCCUCGAUGACGUAUCUCAAAUGAAAAUUUAGUGAUAGUGAUAAUAGUAAUGAUAAUGAUAAUAAUAAUACUGAUGAUAAUAAUGACAAUAAAAAUGAUGAUACAUGUUAAAAUGAUUUAUAGUGAUAAUAAUGAUAUACCUGAUAAUAUAAUUUUUUCCAAUCGUAUUAGGAAACUAUUACUUCCAACAUCCUCUGAAGACUUCAAGAUCUUGGAGGAAGGGCCACUUAGAGUCUCAGUCGAGGUAGAUAUAAUAGUUGUUACUUAUUUGCGCUUACUUGCGUUUGUUUCAAAAGGACUUUAGACUACCAAAUUAAAAUUUUGAUUGGCUGACGUUGAUAUAGACCGCGUUCAAUAUUGCCUCAGAACAUUAUGGUUUUCAGUUUGUGGAAGGGAACACAAAAAUUUAAACGUAAACGAUAUUAACUAUGAAUUAAGGAAUAUUAUGUCGGUGAUGCGGAGGAGAAAUGAGGUCAUAGCAUGUGAUAGAGCAACCCCUAUUUGUGAGGAGGGGCCUGGAGUGAGAAGAGGUCAGUCGAGAAAGCUGUGAUAUCAUAAUUGUGGUGCAUCUAACAAUUUGUUAUCGUUAAGCUUUCGACUUCCUACAGCCACGAGCUUUCCUAACAUUUCUUUUUUCUUUUAUAGUUCUCUAUAAGGAUCAGUAAGCACAGUUCUUUGAGGCAAACAGUAUCUUUGGAUGCUGACUUACCAUAUGUUAAAUUCCACACAAAGGUAAAUCUCUGGGAAAACUGAGGCAUCUGAAGAGAUUAAGUGAAGGCCGAGUAAGGUAAAGGAGAGCGGAAUGAAGUAAGCGUGAUGAAGAGAUCAUGUUUUCGAAACAGAAAAAAAUGUUCGUAUUUCAUCAGUAUGUGUUGAAUAAAUAACAUUUUCUGGCUAGAUGAAGUUAAACCCAAAAAAAUGCGCGAUCGGCGAGACAUACUUGGUUCUGUAAAAACAAAACUGACAGACAAGUACAAAAAGACGUGAAAAUAGAUGAUCAGAAUUAGUCGAUAACCACUGUAUGUGCAGCCUCGCACUGUCUUACGGUUUGGUAGCGAAGGGUUUGAGAACACUGAAAAACAUAAAUAUAACAUAAAUAACUUUGUUCACUUAACUGGUUGACAUUGUUUGGUCUAUGUUUGAUGAUGGAGAGAUGGAGCAGAAGUUUCUCAACUCUAUUUAAAAACUGUCGGAAAUGUCUUCCAUCAUUGCAGGUUGAAUGGCACGAGAAUCGAAAGUUUCUUAAGGUUGAAUUUCCCGUUGAUGUUCACUCCAUGAACGCUACUUACGAGAUUCAGUUCGGCCACUUACAAAGGCCUACGCAUUGCAAUACUUCAUGGGACUGGGCCAAGUAUGAGGUAAGCAAAUUUGUUUGUCUUACACAGUCUGGCCAAGUGCCGGACCAUUCGCCUAAGCUGCGAGUCUAUUUGCUAGGAAACAAAACCUUUUGUGAGAACCAAUUUAAAAUUGGGGUCAUUCGACCCUCUGAUAAUUUUGUUUAUACCAAUGUACGUUAUGAAGGGACGUGUUGAUUACAAAAUUCGACAAAGUGCUGAGAGACAACUUAUGUCGGAUCAGUAUUCCAUCCAUGGGAGUUCCAACAUCACUAGUCGCUUCUUAUUAAUGAAUAAAGGGGGUAAGUUUCUGAAGAAACUACGGUGCUGCGUCGGUGGGGGAGUUUAACAGGGUAAUUGGGUGUUAUCAACCGAGUUGAUAACGUACAUUGGCCACCGUAAAGAGUUUCAAAGCUGAUGUUUCGAAAGUUAGCCCGUCGUCAGAGCGAAUGGAGGAAUUGUGGGUUAUCUGUGGGUUUACAUGCAGAAAAUGGAGCCACGCUAUUGGUGGGAAUAUGGUGACGAGAAAACAAUAAUAAAUUAGUUUAAUUCAUUCAUAAUUUAUCUCAUUAAUAAAAAACCGAAUCAGGUUGGGCACUGUUAGCCAAAGGGAUUUUAAAUGCAGACCUAUUUUAAAAAAUCCAUUUACGAAAAAGGAGGCUUGAGUCCAAACUCCGUAGAAAAUAUGUAUUAAACUUGUUGAGUGAACCGCAACAUUUUACUGAAACAAAAACUCCGAAACUUCUUAAAAUUCCAAACAAAGGAGUAACAAAUUCACGCAAACGAAAGCUCAAAAACAACUAAAACUCCGCGAAAACAAACUUAAAGUACGCGAAGAAUGUCCACGUCAGGUUUCCAAUGUCAUGGUCAGAGUACUUUGACGUGAUUGGCUGAUUUGUGAAAUCACGCCGCGCGUGAAUACACAAAGAAUACAAAGGGAAAGAGGAAGAGUAAAAUUGCCACUUGAAUUUAAGAACGAAGGAGAUUUUCUACACUUAUUAUUUUUCUAAUGUAAUUUGUAAUGUACAUCAUUCAGACAACCACAGUACAAAAAAAUUUUCGGAUAUCACGGUGUGCUUUGCAGCUGAUUGAGUAACGACUACAUAUUGAUGUUAUGAACAUUGUGUCAGGUCUGUGGUCACAAGUGGGUGGAUUUGUCCGAGCACGACUGGGGCGUGGCACUCAUGACUAACUGCAAAUAUGGCUAUUCUACUCAUGGGAACGUCAUGUACAUCUCACUGUAAGUUCACUGUGUUCUCUCGUAACGUGCUUGAAAGUGCCACCCCGACAAAAUUCGGUUAUUGUUUAUGAAAUUCUGAGUGAUUUUCCAUGGUUUCCUCGCGAUGCGAUGACAAUCUAACAUUUCUUCCACAGACCAGUUCGAAGUCUGUUUAAAGCUAAUCCUGGUUGAACUUCAUUCCCAAACUGUAUAUCACAGUAGCAGUUAAACCAUCAUUCUGACUGAAAUUCGGGCUUCGAAAACUUCAGCUUAGGACUCUUCUUCAAUCGAUUAAGAGUGCACAAAGGUUUCUCUACUCCCCCUUAUUUUCUACGACCUGUUCCCUUAAAUGUUCAUCUUCUGAGUAACUUUAUACAACGAUAACUAAAGAAACAGAAUUUUUACUAUCGUUGACCUUAUUUACCAGGCUUCGUGCGCCUAAAGCCCCGGAUGAGGAAGCUGAUAUGGGAUCGCAUGAGUUCUCUUAUGCAGUUUAUCCUCAUACAGGUAUACAUCUUUGUUAAUUUCGGAUCGUGUCAACUUUUUAGACCUUAAAAGGCUGAUGAAUAUUUUAAAAUGUCUCUGUCUUGUUCUUUCCAUCUUAAGGUACAUUUCAAAGCGCUGGUGUUAUUCAGCAUGCUUACAACUUCAAUCAGGCAAUCUCCGUUAUACCUGGUUCUGUUUGUGAAAGUGAGUGAAAACUUUUUGGAUUAUUCGUGUUCAAAUAAGUGCCUGGAAUCCAGUCGUCAAAAACCCUGUUCGAUUUAGGGCCGCUAAGACUGCGCGGGAAAAUGCGAAUGGGGCAAGGUACGAUUGUUUUUAGCUUUGCAUUUGAUUGGUUGAAAGGAUGGUGCGAGAUUUUUGGACCAAUCAUGGAGCAAAGUUUAAUAAAACCAAAAUAAUCUUGUAUUUCUUUUGCCACUCAAUUGAAAAUAGCUCUAUAGUGCAAUAUAUUAAACCUGUUUGAAAGGGACACUUGCAAUACUCCAGCGAGAUUUCGCUUAAACAGGUUUUAUGGUCAGUGAAUUGUGAAAAUUGAUUGAUUAUACCGAAUACUGAUAACUUCCAUUUCUUUCCUUAUUUCUAUCUUCUACACUCUAUGACAUUUGGUCCUUUUUGUAGGAAUUAAGGAAAGGUCCUUCUUUAACGUAGACAAUCCAGCCGUGAUAUUGGAAACAGUGAAAAAGGUAAGGAAGUUGUGCGACGUACUAGAAGAAAUUAAUGUCCUAUCCUGUUGCUUUGUAUUUCAUUUACGUCGUCUCGUGAUCUUAGCUAGAAUACCACAAAUCGUGGCUUAGUGAAGAUUUUUCUUUGGAUUCAUUCUCCUAAUUUUUCAAUGAAAAAUUGAGGAAGAUAGCUUGAAUAAUAUUUGCUGUUCAUUGUUUAAUGUUGUAACCGUUAGCCUUUGAUUUUCACUAAAACUUCAAUGUUAAAAUUCCUUAUGUUGUUAAAUAGCAAUCCGUUUUAAUCCUCUUCUUUCGAACCAUCCUCGUUUCGUUCUUCUUUUUCUUUCUCACUUAAUUGACUUUCUAUCUUAACAAUAAAAUAAUAUUUUGAAGUUCCCCUGCCCUCCUCCAUUGUAGGUAAAUUUGCGUGUCGCAGAAGAACGACACAAAGGACUUUUCAUAAGGACCUAAAAUUGAACUGUUUUAUGACUGAGAAACAGCCUAGGUUAACAGAUAAAUAAAUUUGUUUUGACAGGCAGAAUCAAUUUCAUCAGCAGCGGUUGUUCGACUUUACGAGGCUUUCGGAGGUCGCGCUCGUGCCAGACUCACGACUAGUCUUCCGGUCAAGAGAGUCGUAAAGUAAGUGAUAACGAGGUACUGUGGCAACCCACUAGCUUACAUCAGAAUUUACAGCUAGCCGUUCUUAAUGUAAGAAUCAAUUUGGAUUUCCUGUGUUAAAAAAAAAAAGUAAAAACAAAACGAAACGAAAAAAGAGACAAAAAAGACAGAUUUUAGAACAGAACAGGCUUGUUGAUACAUGGUUCCAGAAUUUAUACAAUUUUCAAAGAAGCGCUUUAAUCGUAGCAGUGUCGCACAUGCGUACGAAUUGAAUAACGUGUAAUCGCUACAUUGUUAUGUUAACUUUUAGAUAUUUUAUUUAAUAUUUUCAUAUUGUUUGAUCUUUUAAAUUUCGUCAAAGUUGAUUAUGGCCGGAAAGGCACUGAACUAUGCACGAUUGUUAGUUUGAAACUGAUUAAAACACCUUUUUAUCAACCGUACACUUACAUUUACCUGGGUAGAUUAAGGAUGCGGAGUGUCGUAAGAGCAAGUCACUAUAGUUUACAUAAUAUGUUCUUUCAUUUGCGAGCACUAAAACUGAGACGUCAGAAACUUCAAGAUGUCCCAACGACGUCGCCUAAAAAAAGCGUUGAUAAAAAUUUAAUUUCCAUUCUCGUGAGAAGCCCGGUACCGAUGCCGUUUCCAACGACGUCAGACCUCCCCUUAAGUAUAUCAUAUGAAGGUUGCGUUGAGUUUUUAAGCUGAAACGAAAUGGGCCACGGGACGCUGAUCCUGGGUUUUGCAAAGAUGUUUUGCAGAGUACAGCCAGGGAAUGUACCAAAUUUUAAAACGCACGUGCACAGCUUUUUAAACUCGGUGUUUUCUUCUUCAGGUGGACAAUUUAAUUAUCUUAAUACGUUCAUUAAGAAGACCAUAGCCGGCUUGAAAAGGCGUUGAUUGUCUGUUUGAUGUUCUAUUUUUCGGCUCUUGUGAUGAAUGUUCACGGUACUUUUCCGAAGAAUACAUAUUUUAUAUUAUGUAAACAGUCAGCCAGUCAGUCAGUUUUGAAAGAAUGGGGAACUUCCUAACGAUUUUUACACUAUACAGGAUUGAAACAUCAGUAUCAAUCGAAGGAACAAACUUUUUCACGGUGAAAGAAACUUAUCGCUUAAUUGUUAAUUCAUGGAAAGUUUUAUCCAGUGACUAUUUUCAAUAAACGUUGACUGACAGGUGAUAACGAAAGAGCAAGUGGAUUAAAUUUCCAAACUGAUUUUAACUGCAAAGUAGCCUCUUUUGCAAAUUUACUGGAUAGUACUAAUUUCAUCCGAUAAAUGAAGAGGGUUCGCGUCUUGUGUUACGGAAAGUCAAAAUAGGCAGAAUGUAAGCCGUCGUUGCACGAACCUAAACGAAUUCACGUUAGGCAUCGGCCAUCGAUGGUUAUAAUUUUUGCCAUGCUGUUUAACUUAUUUCAAGCGAUUGGUCCAUCACUCUUGUUUAUCCAUUACCUGCCAGCCCGUGUUUUACAUUAUUGGCAAGAUGUUCUUCUCGCUGAUGAAUGCAUUACUGCGAGUUAACGGCAAACGUGCUUGCUUGUACUGAUACGUUGGCCUGGCCCGCUUACAGAAUCGAGUCUUUUACUUUAUCCCUUAGAUAUUCCGUCAAUAUGUGUUCUAAAAGUUUUGGCGGUAGUGAUUACCUCUUAGAUGAAGUGCAAAAAUGAUAGUUGCUUUUCAUGUCAGUCUAUAUGUAGCGUCUUUGUCGUUAAAACAUCAUUCGCUCCUGAAUAAUCUAUGGGGUUGCCAAAUAUUGGUUUUCUCGUGUCUUUGGCCAGUUGAUUGGCUGCAGAAAGUUUUUCACUUAAAUCUGCGUUCGCAUUGCCUUUACAAUUUCAUGUCUUGCGAGUACAGAAUAUUUAUUUCUUGCAUUUACUGAAUCAGAUUGAAGAUCUUCUCGUCAUAAGUAUUCUCAAAGAUUUAGUUAUGUUAUUAUUUCCCACAACAUGCUACACGGCGCUGUCUGCUUUUCGUCCAAAAAAAAAAUUUGUUUAGUACUAAGAGAACUCUGAUACUGGUAAUUUUGCCGUAUCUUGCUGUUGGCCUCUGGUGCACCUGUCAUCUGAAAAUUAUAUUCUUUGAAAUUGUUAAAAGUGUAUUUAAAUACUCUUUUAGGAUAGCCGAUAUCGCUGUAAGUCAGGAAUCCGUGUCAAAAUUCCACCUCAAAUUUCAACCUUUCAUCUAGAAAAUUCUAAAAAAGAAGUAAAUCCAUCCGUUUAUUUAAGCUGUUUCCCAUUUUUGGUUCUCACUCCCCUUCGCGUUCAUAAGCUAAAGCUGCAAAUCUAUUGUAUUAGUUUAAUUUCCUCUGAUUGAGAGCGCCCUAGGGUUUUUUUGCAUUGUCAACUUGUAAAUUUGUAACCCUGGACAUGGCGUGUGAAAAAUGAGCGGUAAGGAAUCAUUUGUUAUUCGCCCAACACUCGUUAACACCUGCAGCUCCCGUAGAUUUUCAACAAUGGCUUUAAUUAAAAUUCUUGCCAGUAGCAGGAAGAGACGCAAUUUGUAAUGUAUUUUGUUGGCGAGGAACGUCGACGUCUUCAAGUCGCUUAAUAAUAUUUUUCUGGUACAUCUGAUCUCACACCUUUCUUAAGUUUUGACUCCUUUGCAGGAGAUCUGGCGAUUUUCCGAUCAUAAUUUUGCACAACGCCACGUUAAUAACCAGCGUGGAUUGGUAGAACUUGGUAGUUUAUUGCAUCGAAGGCUAUUUUUUAAAGCGAUUGAUUUACAACGACGUGUUUUAACUGUCGGGAGGCAUUAGAAACUGAAAUGUGCUAUAACUCAACAUCUUUCAUCAACUCAAGUGACUGUAACGAAACAGUACCUCUUGUAAAAGAACCCUCAUUUGGCAAGGUUUAUCGACUGGUAACCACUAUUCUGUUCAGCGCCAUCCUUGUUGCAAGUCUGGCCGGCAACAGCCUGGUUGUUUUUACAAUCCUUCGACAGAAAAGCAUGAAAACUCCAUGUAAUUAUUUUAUCAUGAAUAUUGCUCUCGCAGACCUUGGUGUUGGGCUGAUCGCGGCACCCUUACGUAUUCUGGAAAUAUUUACCUCCUGGCCAUUUGGAGAUUUUAUGUGCCGCUUUCUGUGGCCGAUCCAAGAUGUUUUUGUGUGUGUGUCCGUUCUCACUCAUACUACGAUUGGCCUAGAGAGAUACAGGGCUAUCGUCAAACCUUUUAAUCCAAAAAUAUCUUUGUGGAAAACCAGAGUUAUCAUUACUAUUUUAUGGUUAGGAUGUUACGGCGCCAGCGGAAUACCACAAGCCUUUUUAUUGGAACUGAUCGAAGUUCUGCCAGGCUGGAGAAUUUGCUCGCUUCAAUGGCCUUCGCUGAUGUUCCGUCGCUGUUACAUCGCGUAUCUAGUCCUUGUUUUUAUAAUGGUUCCAUUGGCUGUUCAAACCUGUUGUUACAUUAAGAUCAUCACUGUUUUAAAUAGGAAAAGAGAAUUUGGGGCAUCUACUCGCAUCGUUUCCAAGAACAGCGACGAACAUGAGAGACGGAAAAAAAAUAAGCGGCGUCUUAUUCGGAUGUUGCUCACGAGUUUGGUUAUCUUUCAAUUCUGCUAUCUCCCUCGCGGUACUUUGAUGGUUAUUCUCGAAUUCCAGCCAGUUGAAGUUAUAAGGAGCAGCCGGACUAUCGCCUUUGCAGAUUUAAUUUGCCUAGUUCUGUACUACUGCAAACAUGUUGUAAAUCCUGUUAUUUUGUUUCUAAUGAGCGCUGAUUUUCGAAAAGCGUUUGUAGCCAGUAUGACGGAGUGUGUCGGAAAGCCUGAUCACAGUCUCUUUAGUCAACGGGAAAGCAUCGGCCCAGAAUCGCUUCAAGAAGCGUCGGUUUAGAACGAGUCGUUGAUCGAAUAUUUUGAUUUUGUUUUCUUUCGGUUGAGAUAAUUUGUAGAAAAUCGCGAGAAAUUCCCGAUGGGAAUUAAGGUAAGCGUUUUGACUGGGGCUUGCUCACUGUAAGUUCAGUAUUGUUCGAAGAAUGAAUGUCGCCAUGACUGUACUCUGAUGUGAAGAAAAGGUCCAGAGGGAAUGGCGGCUGAAACUGGCAUUUCUAAUGAUUUCUAGUACAAAAAUUGUCUCAUGCUUUUAUGCGCGAGUACUGCAAGCUCCGUCGCGAUGUUUUCGAUUCGCGCGAAUUUUUUUUACGAACGUUUUAAAAAAUUGAUGGAGGAGAAUUUUUGAAAGUUAUUCACAGCUGUCUCGAGUUGUGCCAACCCCCUCGUGCUUGAAUAUAAAAAUAAAGUGUACAACAAAAAUAUGUGAAGAAUAAAUUUUUUCGAGAGGUAUUCCACUUUUAAGGAAACUAAGCAAAUUAAAUUGGCCACCAAACAUGGAAUGAGGCAUUCUAUAGGGCCUCUUAGAUGCUAUAAUGAAAUCCAGGAACAAAUUUCUAAAGCAAGUAUUUGAAUCAUUCAAUGCCAGUGCCACUUACACUAUUGUAUUUAAUCCGCACGUCUAAAGUGUUUCUCUCUCAAUAGAAAAAAGUUUUCUUUUAUUUGCAGACAGAACUAUGAGACAAAGUUUACGCGUGAAAACAUGUUGAUAACAUAUGGAAUCUUCUUAAUUAUAAAUCGCUUCAUCGAAUAUUUGCAAUUUAUUGAUAAACACUCCAUUAUUGUGAAUUAUAAAAACUAUUACAGACUUUAUUUGUCUAAUUUACGUUGCUUUUGAUUCAUCUUCUUAGUGCAGUAAAAAUUAAUAGCCUAAUAUCAGUAUGCAUAUUCUCCAUACUGUUUACUACAAUUCUUAAUGUGCUGACAAGGAGAAUUUGUGUAACAAUCUAGAGCUCCUUAAGUUGAUGUUCAUUUCCUUUAUUCUCGUCGAUGACGAAGGGGGGUCGUAAUAGGAGGAUCAGGGUAAAUGUUACCGUGACACACCCAAACUCAUCCGAUCAAGCCUCGCCAUGACACAAUGACAAUAAAUUUUUGUUGGUUUUUUUAGAGCGAGGAGGGUUUCGUUUUAUCGCCAACCCACUCCAGAUUUCUUAUUUUUCCUUCCCCAGUUAUAACCUACAGGUUUUCUUUUUUUUUUUUUUACCAUGUAGAUGCAACCUCCUAGAGGUCCCUGAUGAUGGUGGUGAAGUUCCGUUGUCGCGUGGUCGCGUGGAUCUUAGUUUUCGACCAUUUGAAAUAACAACACUGCUGCUCUUUUUUGAAUAAAAGGCCCUCUGUCGUGUAGUUAAGGUAACCCAAGCUGUUCCGGCAUUUUUCACUAGGUAGUAUUUCAGUUCUUUAGCUUCAGCCACAUUUUUGAGACGUUUCCUGGCGCGACGGCACAGUGGAAAAAAGGUGUAUAAUCCAUUAACUGUGCAAAUAUCGUUGAUAUUUUAGGCUCUCCCCUAGAGAGUAUUUCACACCCUUCAGUUUCGUCUCUAAUACCAUUUAGUUGGUUUAGAGGUCAUGAGAACUUGCCAGUUAAAAGAUAUUUAAGUUUACUUGCCGCUGGGAGUUUUAGGAGGGGGUCACUCUCGUGAAAUUUUUAAUUUCCUUUUAAUUUUAAAUCAUUUGCGCUACGGACCUCUUUCAUAAAUGGCGGGCGUGUACAUAAACCCCCCUAACUUGGACGAUAUGGUUUGAAUAAAAAAUUUUCUCGCAAAAGCGGGGCCAACAGGGCUAAUUUUCACUUUCACAAAAGAAUUAUAAUCCUGCCUAUGCUUAUGAAAAAGGUCUUUAGGUUCGUCUUUAGCCCAACACGUUCUUUAGCUGAAAAUAGAUGAGAUUAGACAUUCUUGUCACUUAGGGAUUGUUCUACGUGUAUAACAUCCCAUUCUCUUGCAUAAGUUACCUCCAAGGUGAGGCAUAUGGACGGGAGAAGUGCUAAAGUGCUUCUUUCGGGUAUAAGUCGCAACAUUUUUUCAAAAUUGAUAUAAGAUGUUUAGUGCCGCUCUCGCUAAGCGCUCGUGUCAAAGACAUUUGCAUAACUCUGAAAAUUGACCAAGAUCUCCUAUUGACCGUUCAAACUUCGUUCUUUUAUCUUCUUCGUUGAGAAUUUUAGGUUUUCAUAACAACUGAAUAGAGAAUAGAUGCCAAGUUGUCCUAAAACGUUGCGUAAAUGUGAUCGAUCGUGAUGCUUGCGCGCUUGUGUGACUUACAAAGUAAACAAAGGUGAUCGGAAGCGCUUCCUCGAUAAUUUUCGUUGAAAUAUCAGGUCAUGAACUACGCACAAAUUGAUGAAUUUUUGAUGUGCAAACUAAGGUCGAAGAGAAGGGUCUCCUCUGAUCACGCUGGUAUGAAAAAUAUUUCAGGUGAAGUUUCCAUAUUUUGUCUGUGAACUAACUGAAUACAUCUUGUAACUUGUAACAAUUCCGUAAGCCAUAUUAUUACAGUCGCUGCGCGCUGGACAAAAUCUGUGUACUUUACAUUUUCGAUUACUUUCCAUACGGGUGGUCUAGCCAAAAAUCAUUUUUGGCUUGAGGCGACGCAAAAAAAGGGAAUUGGAGAACAACUAAACUAUUUUUGAAACAUGUGUCUUAAACCCUUUUCAUAGGCAAAAAAUGAAAGAAAACGGAAAGUGGAGAGAACUCCUCUUAGCGAGAGCGGCACUU